AUGCAAAAAAAAAAUAUUGAGUUCUUAUAUCAGAUAGAGAUUAAAGAAGAUAUAAACAAUAAUAAUGAAAAUAAUGAUCAUUUUAAUGCUGUUGAUAUUGAAGAUCAAAAUAUUCAUGAUAAUAGUAUUGAGAUUAGUGAUGAUAGUAAGAUUAGUGAUGAUAGUAAGAUUAAUGAUGAUAGUGAUAUUACAGAAUCAGUUGAAAUAAAAGAAAGAUUUACUAAGCUUACUACAUACUUUUUUAAAAUGUCAACUUCUUUAAGAUUAAUUUGUGAUAAUAUAGAAAACACAAAUCUUGUUCCUAAAGAUUUACUCUCAGAUAGUAUUGUUAAUAGGGAUUGGUCAAUAAUUCAAAAUAUUUACAUUAAUGAAGCAACCUUACGAAUCAAAAAAAAUUCUGAAUUCAAUUCUUGGACCACAG